CGCAGACAUCCAAUGUCCCACAAUCCUCCUCGCCGCCGAAACUGACAGCAAAGACAGUUUAAAAUUAUAGUGACAGGGGAUAAUAAAAUGGCCACUGCUUACCUUACUCAGAAUCAAAAAGUCUUGAGGCACCUUGAAUCAUCGUGUAUUUUUUAGGUACGCCAAUGUUGUUGUCGUUGGGAUGAUGUUCAAAGCUCGUAUCGACUGCAUGGAACCAACUAGAACCUAACUACAAUAGCUUGCUAGGUCCCUGAAUGGUGUCUAGAUCACUGGCAUCCCUCAGAGACGGCCAUGUAUUCUACUUUGCCAAGAGGGAGCAGUGGAAGAACCUGCGAGAACAGAGCUGGGACAGAGAGGUCCAGGAGCUGCAGGGAGUGACCCCUGCCAUUGGGCCCAAGUCGGAGGCCCUACCCCCAGCCCGCAAGGACGGCGACCUGCCCCCUCUGUGGUGGCAGUACGUCACCCGCCCCAGGGAGCGCCCCGUCUAAGAGCCCCCGGAUGACACUACCUGGUGAUAACGCCAUAACAGCACAUGGCAGCUCACCAUAGUACCUUCUACCACACAACAGCAUGCAGAUUCACCUCCUUGUGAAUUACUGUCCCUCUGUAAAGAUAUUGAUAUAAUGGAGUAGUUUUGGAAGAGGUUGCAGUAUGCUUUGUCAGAAGGUAUUCCACCCUGCCUGAAUUGACAGUAAUUAUUUAGUUGUAAAAGCAGGUGACUUUCAAAUGUACUGUAGCUGUUAUUUUCCUGUACAAGGACAUCUGUUUAAAUAAAUGAGUAUAAUUAUUGGGAAA